AUAUAUCAUAAAUUCAAUAGAGGAAAUCAAUGACAAAAAAUUUUAAUUUAUUUAAACCAAAUUAAAGAAGGGAUUCAAACAAUAUAACUGUUAUAAUAUGAAGAAAUCAGCAAAAAUUAAAAGAUGCAAUAACAAGCAUUGAAUUACUUAAUCAAACAUAAGAAAUUGAAAAGACUCACAAAAGAAACAAUUUUUAAACAAAACAAUCAUAAAUGGUAAUGUUGAACAACAAAUCAGAUACCCUAGCAAAAGUAAGCUUAGUUUUGGAAAGCUUGUUACUAAAUUCAAAAGGCUCACUCUUAAACUAUGUUGAACAUAAGGAAUAGAGAGGAAAUGGAAGGAAAUGAAGAGAUAAGGUUUUUCUCAUAUUGAUACAUAUAGAAAAAAAACCAAAGGAAAUUAAAAGGACAAACUCCUUUAUAUUUUUAUACAAAACAAAUUUUUUCAUCAUUGAAAAGAUUUGACAAGAAAGAUACUAAUCUCCCUUUCCCUCUUCCUUGGUCUUCCUUUCCUUUCAAAAAGAUUAUUCAAACAUAGUGUUAUGGACGCAUUUCAUCUAUCUUCUCAUGGUUAAAAGUGACAAAAACAUUAGCCUACACCUCUAAUGAAUUUGCCAAUUGCCACAUCAUCUUUUGAGACACAUUCCAUCUAUGUUAUGAGUUAAAAGCGACAAAAGCAUUAGCCUACACCUCUAAUGAAUUUGCCACAUUUAUAUCUUUUGACAUAUUCAUAUUAUCUAUCCUCAUCUCGUCGAGUGAUGAAGCAAACAUACAUAAUAAUAUUUAUGUCUUGUUUAUUUUUUACUUUUUUUGAAGGGAGUCCAAAACAAGUAAUAAAACUAAAGCAAAAGAAUCCAAACUAAUGUAAACAUAUAUCCAAGAUAACUUAAUUUAUAAGGCCAUGUGUAAUCGAAUUAUAGGGUCAAACUCUAUAGCUCUACAUCUCCCCCACACAAUACUUUCAUCCACAUGUUUCUUUUAUGUUUUUUUAUUUACUACUCACAAUACUUAAUAAAGUAAAAAACUUAAUAGCGCAAACUCAAUGGCACGUAGAAUGAAAGAGGGGGAACUAAUACUCUACCAUUAGUGUAUCCUUAUGGACCUCCAAAAUCACAAAAAUUCUAACGCAAUGUUAUUGUCUAUCUAAUUUAGUUUAAUUGGUUUAAAUUUUGAAAGAAGGAAUCCAAGAUUAAGGAUGAGCCUUUCUUUUACAUCAUUAGCUCAAUUUCCAAGCAUGACUCACUACCAACAACUCCACAUACCGAGGUGAAAAAAGACUUCUUUUUGAAAAUUCGAUACACAUAGUUCCUUUAUUAUUCUGAAUUUGCUACUGAUAAAAUGUCAGUAGCAAACUGUUACUGAGAGAGGGAGUCUUCAACUUGGGUCACUAUACUCACUAUCAUUGCUCUUUGGCUAUCUUGUAGUAAAAACCAAUUUUUUCAGCAGCAAAUCAUAAAGAGAACGAAAAAGUAAAGAUUACGGGAAAAAGAUAUGUCAAAUGCCAGAAACCAACAAUGCAGCCUAUGCAGUUUUAAAUGAAUCCCAAGGGAAACUAAUUUGUUUUACUCAACAAAAACCCUAUUAAUUUCCAUAUAAUUUCCAGUUAGAUACCCAUCCUCCUAUCCUCACACAAGUUUUACCAAGUGUACUUAAUAGAACAAUGUUAAACCUUAUGUGUUGUUUUUACUCUAUUCUCUUCCUCUCCCUCUUUCCUUCGCAAUAUAGCACAUUUUCUGACAAAAUCACAGUAUUAAAGCCCCUUAAAGAUCCCGAAACUUUAGUAUCCAAUAAUGGUGUUUUCGAAAUGGGGUUCUUUAGCCCUACAAAUUCUACAAACCGUUAUUUGGGGAUUUGGUAUGGUAAACUUUCUAAGAAGAGUGUUGUAUGGGUUGCCAACAGGAACAACCCUCUGAAUGAUUCUUCUAGUGGGGCAAUCAGAAUCUCUGAAGACAGGAAUCUUCAGGUUCUGAAUGUGCGAAAUGCGACAGUUUGGUCCACAGAUGUUUUCCUCUCCAACCAAACUCAUAUGAUCUCAGAAGCGCAGCUAUUGGACUCUGGCAAUCUUGUGUUGAUGGGACCUGAGGGAAGGAUCUUAUGGCAGAGUUUUCAGUACCCUACUGAUACAGCCUUGCCAAAUAUGAAACUUACUGUCAAUAAGAAUUCUGACAUUAUGCACAUGUUACGAGCAUGGAAUGGCCCUUCAGACCCAUCUUAUGGACGGUUCUCCGUUGGCAUUGAUUCUUUUGCCUUGCCUCAAAUUGUCAUAUUUGAUGGUGAUCGGCCCUAUUGGAGGAGCGGUCCAUGGAAUGGCCGCAUAUUUAACGGGAUACAAAAUAAUGAAUCUGAUGAUUUCAGUGAUGCAGCAUUUAUUCUUGAGAAUGACAGGCUCAACGCCAUUUCUUUAACAUAUUCUUAUACAAAUAAGUCAUUGAUAUCAAACUAUGAUUUGAGUUAUCAAGGAACUUUGACGCAGAAAUGGUGGGAUGAGAAUAAAAGAGAAUGGAAGAUCGUGUGGGAAGCCCCAGAAACUCAGUGUGAUAUCUACGGCAAGUGUGGAGCAUUUGGAAUUUGUAAUUCGAUAAAUUAUCCAAUUUGUCAGUGCAUGAAAGGAUUUGAACCCAAAAACAAGACGGAAUGGAAUAUGGGUAAUUGGAGAAACGGAUGCAUGAGAAGAGCACCAUUUCAAUGUAGAAGCAGAAGUGGAAAAAAAGAGGAUUUUUUUGGGUAUAAGGCGGUUAAGGUGCCAGACAAUGCUGUCUGGUCAAUGGGAUUGGAAGAAAAAGAGUGCAAGAACCAGUGCUUGACGAAUUGUUCAUGUCUAGCUUAUGUAUUCGAUUAUGCUGCCGGAUGUAUGACAUGGGACAAAGACUUGAUUGACACUGAGCAAUUGUCUACGGGUGGAAUGGAUCUUUACCUGAAACUUGCACGUUCAGAGCUAGGGAAGGACAGUAAAAAUAUAGCAGUCAUUGUAGCAAUAGGGAGCAUAGGAGUAGCUACAAUAUUUACAGUUAUAUUCAUUGUGUGGAGGUGGCAAGCCUUAAAGCAAGGGAAAAAACUUCAAAAGAAACAAACGGAAUCAUAUGAUCUCGAAAUAGAUCAAGAAAAAGUUCAACUAGAAGAAGUUCCAUUUUUCAUUUUCAAACAAGUGGCAGCAGCAACAAACAACUUCCAUAAGAGUAACGAGCUAGGACGAGGUGGAUUUGGUCCAGUUUACAGGGGAAAAUUGGCAGAUGGACAAGAGAUCGCUGUGAAGAGACUUUCAAAAGCCUCAGGACAAGGUGUAAAAGAGUUUAUGAAUGAGGUGUCCGUGAUUUCAAAACUUCAGCAUAAUAAUCUUGUCAGAUUACUGGGUUGCUGUGUGGAAGGAGAAGAGAAGAUGUUGAUAUAUGAGUUCAUGCCAAACAAAAGCUUGGACUCGUUUUUGUUUGAUCCAAUGAAGCAAGAACUACUACCUUGGAAUAAACGCAAUGCCAUCAUUCAAGGAAUAUGCAAGGGGCUCCAAUACCUUCAUAGAGAUUCUAGAGUAAAGAUCAUUCAUAGAGACCUCAAAGCAAGCAACAUUUUGCUGGAUCAGAACCUGAAUCCAAAAAUAUCAGACUUCGGCAUGGCAAGGAUUUUUGGGGAAAAACAAGAUGAAGAUGACACCAGAAAGGUUGUUGGGACAUAG